GCCGACUUGCCAGGCCCGAACUCUCAGGGCAUCCUGGAUCAACUGAAGCAGCAGUUCCCGAGGUUCCCGCCUCACUUGCGGACACAGGUGGACAGCCUUUACUACUUGGUCCAGAAGAUUCGGCAGGAUCUGCAGGAACAUCACAGGCAGGUGAAGCAUUUUCGGCAGCGCAUGGAGACAUGCAACCAGUCCCAGGGCUUCCAGCCAGGGGAGGUCAAGCCCCCACAGCCCUCCGGUCUUCAGGAGCAAGACUUCAAAGACGUCCUGGCCACCAGGUCAUCCGACUGGCUCCAGCAGCCCUCUGGAGUGGGCAGCUCCCCGGCUCACCAGCUAGACACACGGUCGUCUUGCGACUCUGAGCCCCUGUUUUGGCAGGAUGUUCUGACCCAGCAACUCUGGCAGAUUUUUGCCGGGACCCACGAUACGGCAGACCCAUCGAGACACAGGCUGCCAGAACACAUGCCGGGCAUGGAGAGCCAGAACGUAGGACCGUUCUACUUUGGAGCAGAACCCUAUAUCGAAGAUGCUUUGGGUUUCCAAGAAGGGAGCAUAGGGCCAGGCAUGGCACCGGGGGUGAUGCUGUCCCGUGUGGCCCAGGAGCCUGCUAGGAGAACCUACCGCUUUCUGAAGCCCAUAUGCUGGGACCCCGAGGACUUCGAAGUCACAUGGAAGAGGCCAGAUGCCUUGCCCUGGCAACCCAAGAAGUUGGCCGUCCCACACAGAAUGAAGCUGAUGCGGAUGCUAAAGCACGGGGAGUCCGUGCUGGCCACGGCGGUGAGCAGCUUCACGCGGCACGUGUUCACCUGCGGCAGGAGUGGCGUCAAGGUGUGGAGCCUGGUCGGCCAGAUGGUGGAGGACAGAUUCCCCGUCAGCCACCUGCGUGUACAGACCCCGGGGGCCUACCUGCGCACCUGCCUACUGUUCUCGGACAGCACCACGCUGCUGACGGGGGGCCACAACUUGACCAGCGUGAGCGUUUGGGACCUGAUGGCACCCUCCCUGCACAUCAGAGACGAGCUCCCCGCGGCAGAUCUCACUUGUCAGGCCCUGGCUGUCAACCUGGAGGACAGCCUGGCCUUUGCCAGCUUCACUGAAGGCAACGUCAGGAUCUGGGACCUGCGGGACCACAGUGUGGUCAGGGACCUGCCGGGCCCUCCUAAUGGAGCCAAGAGCAUUGUUGUCAAAGACGGUAACAUCUGGACCGGGGGUCUCGAUGCCUGCCUGCGGUGCUGGGACCUGAGGACCGAGGAGCCCCAGGAAUACCAAUAUGACUCUCAGAUAAUAAGCCUGUCCCCCAGCCCCUGGGAGAACUGGGUUCUGGUGGGCACAGCCAGUGGCCAGCAGUGGCUGCAGCCCACCCUUGGGGGCCAGAAACACAUGGUGGGCUGUAAGGACAGCACCAUCCUCGGUCUCAAGUUCUCCCCUCUCGGCCAGUGGUGGGUGAGCGUGGGGAUGGACAACCUGGUCAGCAUCUACAGCAUGCCCACAGGAACCAUGCAGUUCCAGGUUCCCGAGAGAACUUCUGUCAUGUGCUGUGACAUUUCCCCUAACAACCGCCUGAUCGCCACGGGGUCCAGGGACCAUGCCUCAGUGUACCAGCUCAUGUACUGA